CCUCAGACACAACGAUCGUUUUCAAUACAAGCACACACGUUACGUUGCUCUUUUUUUCAUCCCUUUCUCGUUUCGGUGACUCAUUUGCGUCUUCUGUAAUUUUCGUUAGUGCCAUUUCAAUUAAAUAACCAUUUGCAUAAUUGUAAAGUAAAGCGCAACAAGAGUGUGCUGGGUCCUAAAAACGAAUUGUACAAUUAAAAUGCAAUCAAAGCGGCGUUAAUGUAGUCAUUAAAGGCUGUCAGCAAAAAUACAAAACAAAAAAAAAAGGAAAGAAACACACACACAACCGAAAAACAAAACAAGGCGCACACAGCAACAAAAUUAUGAACAAAAAAAAAAUAACUAAAUUUAUUAAAAAGUGAAAGUUUUUAGUCGGCGCCGCCGUUUGCACAAAAUUACCAGAGGGAAAAAGAAAUGCAAAAACAAUCAACGAGUCUGCGAAACAAAGCAAAACAAAUCUCCAGAAAACCCGCUACCACCUUUUCGUUUUGAGAGCGACCCAGAAGAGAGAAGAGUGGAGAGGAGAAGAGCGAGCCGAAGCGAUUGGGUUCCACAACUCCAAAACUCCCAUUACCGUAGGAUCGCCGCAGAGCGGAGGUACCGGGUUCGAUUCCAAGCCGUGGCUCCCCUUGCCGCGGCACAAUAUGUUGUAAGCAGCGGCCCAGCCACGGCAACCAAUUCGAGGAACGGAGGGGCGGGUGUGGUUCGCAAGAUCUUCCACCCGCACCAUCAUCCACAUCACCAACAUCAUCCGCCUUAUCAGCAGCAUCUGCAUCAUCAGCAGCAUCCAUAUCAUCCUCAUCAUCCGUCGUAUUACCAGCAGCCAUAUCAACGCACUUUUUAUGCCCAGCUGCCCCAGACGCCUCAGGUCGGCUUCGCCCCACCUGCCCCAUUGUACCACCCCCUCAGGUGGAGAAACCCAUGUGUCAGUAGUCCAACACCACGCAUCACCGUCAAUCCACCGCCCCAGAGGCCCUGGCUGCCACUGGCCAAGCCCAACAAAACGCGACCAGCCUGCAUUUUUACGGUCAUGUGCUAUAAUGUGCUCUGCGACAAGUACGCGACGAGGCAAAUGUACGGAUACUGUCCGUCGUGGGCCCUCUGCUGGGAGUACCGGAAAAAGUCGAUAAUCGAUGAGAUACGGCACUACGCAGCGGACAUCAUUAGUCUGCAGGAGAUCGAGACGGAACAGUUCUACCACUUCUUCCUGCCAGAGCUCAAGAACGAUGGCUACGAAGGCAUCUUCUCGCCCAAGUCGCGAGCCAAGACAAUGUCCGAGCUGGAGCGGAAGUAUGUCGAUGGCUGUGCGAUAUUCUUCAGGGCGUCCAAGUUCACGCUGAUCAAAGAGUCGCUGAUCGAGUUCAACCAGUUGGCAAUGGCCAAUGCCGAGGGCUCCGACAACAUGCUGAAUCGCGUGAUGCCCAAGGAUAACAUCGGCCUGGCUGCCCUGCUCAAGGUGAAGGAGAACGCCUGGGAGCCGAUGUCCGAGGUGACGCAGAUCUCGCAGCCGCUGCUCGUCUGCACGGCGCACAUUCACUGGGAUCCGGAGUUCUGCGACGUCAAGCUCAUCCAGACGAUGAUGCUGAGCAACGAGCUGAAGACGAUCAUAGACGAGGCGAGCCACAGCUUCCGGCCGGGUCACAAGAACGACUCGAAUGCCGUCCAACUGCUGCUGUGCGGUGACUUCAACUCGCUGCCCGAUUCGGGCGUGGUGGAGUUCCUCGGCAAGGGCCGCGUUGCCAUGGACCAUCUGGACUUCAAGGACAUGGGCUAUAAGUCCUGCCUGCAGCGAUUGCUCUCGAACGACACCAACGAGUUCACGCACUCGUUCAAGCUGGCCUCCGCCUACAACGAGGACAUCAUGCCGCACACCAACUAUACGUUCGACUUCAAGGGCAUCAUCGACUACAUCUUCUACACGAAGACGGGCAUGGUGCCGCUGGGCCUGCUCGGUCCCGUUUCCAAUGACUGGCUGCGCGAGAACAAGGUGGUGGGAUGCCCCCACCCGCACAUACCCUCCGAUCACUUUCCGCUGCUCGUGGAGUUGGAGCUGAUGCACACGGCAAGCCAACAGGCGCCUCCCAACGGGCUGAUCAAUCGCCGGUAGCAAUAGAAUCGACGCGGCAGACCCACCACCAGCAACACCACCACUACCAGCACCACCCUGAUGACGACGACGACGGCGCCGGCGGCCACGCGCACGCCGGCUGCCAGCGGGGGAGCAAGCGGAAGUGGGAAUGGGACUGGGAGCGGGAACAGCGGAGGCGGUGGCGGCGGCGGCGGAGGUUCAGGUGGCGGUGUAGCUGCAGGUGGAGGCGGCGGCGGCGCACUCAUGAUCCCGGGCGGCUACAGGGGACGGAGCUGCAGCAACAGCGGAUGCCAUCGUCUGACGGCUGCCCUUGGAGCGGCGAGAAAAGCAGCCAAUCCCGCAACGCCAGCGGAUAAUAAACAGGUCACCGCUCCGCAUCCCGCUCCCAACUGACGUGGCGAUCUGCUCGCAUCAAAAUUCAGUUUUAGUUAGAUACGACAUACGACUUUGAUUUCUAACCCCCGGUCUCCCAGCUCUUGUACCAAUCACAUCCCCCUCAAGAACCCUAUAAGUUAUAAGCUGACGACGUUGUGGAGGUUCCGCCGCUUUGUGCGCUGGAUCGCAAAGUGUGCUCACCGAUGCAACCCAUUAACUAAGAUCGUAAUCGUAAUAGGAAGGAAUAUAAUUUACUUGCUGCACUCCUCUUCCGCGCUUCUCGUUUUGAUUUUAUCAACUGCACGUUUUCACCAUCGAAUAAAUCCAUUAUAUACAAUAUGCAUAUGUCAAAUUCUAUCUUGAAACACACUGCUCAUUCACACAGCAAAAGUAAAUCUAAGCUAAUUCCGUUUAGCAAAAUUAUUAGCAGCCGUUCGUAAAUAGUACCGGAAACCAAUUAUGCAUUAAGUAAAAAGUAAAUUACAUUGUGUAAAAAUUAAACGAAAAAAGUUAUCUAAGUAAAAAAAAAGCAAAUUUAUCUGAUCGAACCGUUUUCUAAAUUGGGUCUGAAAGGAUUACAAAAAAAAAAAAACUACUGAGUUACAAGAUACAAGAUUUAUGUGUAUAGAUACUAUUUUGGCCAGCCAAGUAAAUUGAACCGGAAUCGCUCCGGAUGUGCAAAGUAAAAUAGAUCCUUUAACUAGUUGAUAAUGCAGCGCAGAAUCAUGUAAUGUAUAACAUUAGAAAGCUUCAAAAAUAGUUCGGUCUACUUUUAUUUGAAUGCAUUGGGGUAGGUCGAUUUGUGUAGAUGUUAAUGAAUCAACAGAAAAUAUUCUUAGGGGCGGAACGUACUACAUGAGUAUUUUCCAAAAUAUUCCCUAAAACAGUGUUUAUUUCGUAGAAUUGAGACUCAAAAGAAUACUUUUCGCCCCUCUGAUUCUAAAGUAAGAUAAAUGUACCCACCCUACUGUGCAUAUUUAGACCUAAAGAGAUCAUAUAUAAAUAUUAACUAUGUGUACAUACAUGCGUGCAGCAAAAAAUACAAAAUAAAUGUCGUAAAAAAGUAUUUUUAAGUACAGAAUGGCCGAAGAACCAUCCUGCAUGGAAACGUUUCAACUCACACACCAAUUCCAUGACCGGCCCUCAUUGUAAACUCCAUUAAAUGUCGAGGUGUAACAGAUAAAUAUGUAAACUGAUGACAUAAACGAGGCGCACAUCGUUAGGCGAUCUUCAAUCACCGAAACCCCUCAUCAAUAUAAAUAAAGUCAAGAGAGAAUCAAAUGUA